GCAAGUCCCGUAACUCCGUAUCGUAUUGUAUAACGUAAAUCUUGUGACAAUGAAGGAAGAUGCUAAGCUGGUCUUCAUUUUUGCUUCAAUUUGUGUGGCAUUAUCAGUGAAAUAUGAACCAAACUGGAAAUCAAUAGAUUCUAGGCCACUGCCCGACUGGUAUGACAAGUCCAAAAUAGGAAUCUUUCUUCACUGGGGCGUUUUUUCUGUACCAGCUUUUGAAAACGCUUGGUUUUGGUAUGAAUGGAAAACUGCAAAAGACCCCGCCGUGCUGAAGUUUAUGAAAGAUAAUUAUCCUCCUGGCUUUACUUACGCAGAUUUUGCUCCGCAAUUCCACGCCACUUUCUAUGAUCCUGAUAAAUGGGCGGAUGUCUUUGAGGCGUCAGGAGCCAAAUAUGUAGUAUUGGUGACCAAGCACCACGAGGGCUUUACUCUCUGGCCCUCUGCUGCCUCCUGGAACUGGAACGCCUAUGAUGUUGGACCACACAGAGACCUUGUCGGUCCCCUUGCUGAUUCCAUAAGAAACAGGACAGACAUCCACUUUGGAGUGUACCAUUCUCUGUUUGAGUUCUACAACCCGCUGUAUCUCCAGGAUGUGGCCAACAAUUAUACCACACAGAACUAUGUCAGGAACAAGGCCCUACCAGAGCUGUAUGAACUGGUCAACAGAUACAAGCCUGAUGUCGUGUGGUCUGAUGGAGACUGGAAUGAAGACAGUACCUACUGGAAUGCCACUGAGUUUCUGGCCUGGCUGUAUAAUGAAAGUCCCGUGAAGGAUACAGUGGUUGUGAAUGACCGGUGGGGUAAGGAUGCCAGAUGUCACCAUGGAGGAUUCUGGAACUGUAAUGACAGGUAUAUGCCAGGAAAGAUAAUAAAACAUAAAUGGGAGAACUGUAUGACAGUAGACAAGAGAGCAUGGACCCACAGGAGAAAGAUCCAGAUUGAAGAUGUGAUGUCCAUCGAAGAAUUGUUGGCCAAAAUAGCAGAAACUGUGAGUAAAGGAGGUAACAUCCUGAUCAAUGUGGGUCCCACGGCUGACGGAGUUAUCAUCCCUGUUUUUGAGGAGCGGCUCAAACAAAUGGGUCAAUGGCUCAAGGUCAAUGGAGAAGCCAUCUAUGAGACGCAGCCCUGGUCCCAACACACAGAUAAUAUAACUUUCCAAGGAGUAUGGUACACCAUCAGGCCACAAGAAAAGGCUGUCUAUGCCAUCCUAACAUUUUGGCCGGAGAACAACCAGAUCAUCCUAGGGGCACCUGUCACAACCACUAAAACCAGAAUCACUAUGAUAGGGGUCGAAACUCCUCUGAAAUGGUCCCUCUACAGGAACAAAAUCUUGAUCAUCGAACUACCAAUCUUACCUGUGAAUAAGAUGCCUUGUCAGUGGGCAUGGGUCAUCAAAAUGGAAAACCUCAAAAAUUAUUGACAUUAAUAUAUAAACCUAUUUUUGUAAAACAAGAAAGGUUUCUUUUUUUGGGGGGGGGGGGGGGGGGGGGUUCUAAAAAUUCAAGGUUAAAGUAUGCUUUGCUACCAAACAUAUUCCUAUAAUGUGUUUUUUUUCUGUUUUCAACAUGUGCAGUACAUUCCAAAUUGUGAUACUAGGUAUGCUAUGUGAAUCUCACAUGUUUUACCCCUCAGGUUUCUAUCUGACUGUUUAUUUGAGAAAGUCGGUCAUGUGAUCAAAUCCUGUAGAAAAUUGGAUAUAUACCAACCAAGUUCAUAUCCCAGUGAAAUUUGUAACGUUGCUGUUUAAUACAUUUGAGAAAGGCAAAUCGUUUAGAAUCAUUAAUAUAACAGUGUUUUAAUGUUUACAGUAAUGCAACGGUCAAGUGAUAAGCGCGAGCGGUAAACAUCGUGAAGUCAUUAAAAAGUUCACACAGAAUUUAACAUUUUCUCUUUUCUAUACAUUCAUCUAAGGAAGCAUAUUUGCCAAAAGUAAAUAUUCUUAAUUGUGAUAUUCUGUGUGAAGUCCCACAUGCUUUUCCCAUUAAUUUCGUACGUGUAAAUACUAAAUUGUGAUAUUCUGUGUAAAGUUUCACUUGCUUUUCCCAUUUCGUACGUGUAAAUACUGAAUUGUGAUAUUCUGUGUAAAGUUUCACUUGCUUUUCCCAUUAAUUUCGUACGUGUAAAUACUAAAUUGUGAUAUUCUGUGUGAAGUCCCACAUGCUUUUCCCAUUGAUUCCCUACAUGUACAUACAGAAUUGUGAUAUUCUGUGUGAAUCUUGCAUUCCUGUUCUAAACAAAAUUUGUUCAUUGAAUAGCAAUUGUUCUGCAAUACGCAUAAUAUUAAGUUAUUUACAAUUCACUCUUUCAUACAUUAUAAAAUCCUCAUUGUUUCUAUUAAUAUUUUAUCUAUAGAUCUGAUAAAGAUUUCAUUCUUAGACAGAUAAUGAUAUAGGAUUGCACCUUUUUUGUUUAUUGUGUUCUGAGGAUAAGAAUUCUUUGCAUUUUCAUGUACAUAUAAGUAUUUUUAGGAUUUUGUUGCUGUGUAUACUAUUGAUUAGAAUAUGUACAACUAUUAAGAUAAAUAAAUAUAGUUACCAAUCAGACAUAGUUGGUACAGUGUAUUAUUAAUCAUUAUGUUUUAAAAUAUCUGAUUCAUUAAAAAUUUGCUAAUUUUAGAUGACUUUAUAUUGAUCAAUAAUGAAUAUACAUCAUAUCGUCCAAGUGAACAAACUUGUUUUAAAACUUUCUAUAUUUGUAUUUUGGCAUUACAGGUUUUUAUGUGAUCAUUAAUCUUAAGCCACAGUCCGGAAUCUGCAUAGCUGUCUCCUGGUUUGUGAUGUCUUUAUAAUAGUAAAUUAUGUUUCCUUUUAUCCAUCAUGGUAGAAUAUCUUAUAUUAUAUAUCUAUUAUAUAUAUGCCUUGCCUUUUAAUUGAAUCAGUGAAUAGGAAUCAUUGAACGUUCAUGUCUUGCGUGUGUAGCACCAAAUUUAGUGUUCUUAUAACCCAUUCACCCCCAAAAAUUUGAUAAAUAAAAAAACAAUAAAGGAGGGGUGGGGGGUUAAAUCCGCAGAAAAACAAAAUACAAAAGACAUUUUUAAAAAAUCAACAAUUAAAAAAUGAUAUAAUCUGGACCAGAUCUUUUUUUGUCCUUGUCCAUCAAUAACAUUUACAGUUUUUGUACAUGCAUAAUAAUAAUUCUUUAUAGAUGUACAUGUAUAUAUAUUUUAAUAAGUUAUUUUAGUGACGUGUGAUUUUAUGAUUUACAAAGUAUUGCAUGCAGGCAAUAGGUAGGAAUAAAAAAGGAAGACUUUUGUAACUUAUAUAUAGAUAUAUAUGCUGAUUUUUUGUUCCUAUUUUUAAUCUGCCAAUGCUCUGAACAACAUCACAUUUGGAACUGUUUAGAACCAUUUUAACAAGAGCUUGAACUUUGGGUAGUUGUAACAGCAAUCUGACAUAGGCCUGUCUAUUUCAUUGCUGGCCAUUCAACCAUGGCUCUUUGAAAUCAACAUGAUUUGUCUGGCUUUUGUGCUAAGACUACGCAAUUGGUGAAUAUUUCACUUGAAACUGCAUCAUUUUUAACUUGACAGUGUUUUGACACAAGGAAUAGAUAGUUACGCCCCACUGAAAGUCCAGGGUCUUGUUAAAAUGGUUCUACACAUGUAUAUAAUUUUUGUUUUCAUGGUAAUAUAAUAAUAACUUACCUAAAGAUUACUAGGAUUCUGUACAUUUGUAUUUUACAUUUGUAUUUUGUGAUAUAUUGAUAAUAAAGUUAUCUAGUAUUUGA